GUGUAUGAUAUAUAUGUGGGUGUGUGUACGAUAAGAUGUGUAUAGAUGGGUUGUUACGUAGGUAUAAGGGAUAGACAACGGCAGUGGCGUCACGUCACGUCACGUCACGAUGCAUGCAUUUGCGAGGAUUUCUCUCGGCUCAAUACGCUUUUUACACGGAAGAAAAGAAGAGUUUGUUCGUGGAAGAAAAGGAAAAAAGGGGUGCCGGCAUACGGAAAUUCUAGAUAUCGAAAGGCUUGCUUGCUUGCCCAACAGGCCAUGUACAUUGUUUGUGGUUAUCGUUAUUUCUCCUCUCGUGGAUUUUAAUUCACUAUCCCCCCGGGUGUGCAAAGUGUGCAGAAUUAUCCUGUCCAUGUCAGGCAUCAGCCCGAUCGAUGGUCGCUAGAUUGCUUCAUCCAACUCCGUCGAAAGAGUACACUAGCCGAGAGGGGUCACGCCAGCCUGG